GCCGUGUAGGUGUGGGCCGUUCCCCAAGUUUGUGGUUUUACAUUUCCAAAGGGGCAGACUUAUUUGACUGUGGGAUCAAGUUCGUGAAACUAGUCUUCUUUAUCUUGAAAAAUGCCAUGGUAACAGGAGGCGCCCAGGAGCUUAAGUGUAACUCCCACACCGUAAAGAAAAUGACGAAAGUUCCUCAGGGGUUUGAUUUCAGUUUCUUAAAUGACGAAGAAGCCAGGAAGAUCCUUCAGGUGCUGGAAAGAAACGAGAAGCUACAGAGGGCAGAGAAGGACAGGAUCAGCAAACUUCAGAAGACAAAGCGGGAUAUCAGAUGGCUUCAAGGAGUGACUGGUGAAUGGUUUGAAGAAAUUCAAAGAAAAAAGUUUUGCAAUGAAACAGAUGUUAGCCAAAUGUUAAAACAACCACUUACAUAUAGGCUAAGGAAGGAGAUGGCAAAAAAUGAGUUACAAACAUCAAGAUCUAAAAAUUUAACUAAUCAAAGAAACCCAACAUCUGUUCCUUCCCGGCUGAACUUCAGAUCAUCACUUGCUUCCUUGUUCUCCUUCAGGAAAUCUGGAAAGGAGACUUCAAAGCUUCAAUCUCAGGGGCAGAAAGGAUGGGACAGCCGUGUAGGAUCUCCUGUGUCUGCAGGAAGAACUGCUGGGCAGGCAAAAAUACACAAUUCAGCUCUGGAAAAUCAACCAGUCAAAAGUGCAUUUGUCCCCAAGCCAGCAGUCAUGAGGGAGGAAAGUGGCAUGCCGCCUCCCUGGGAUGCUCCCCUGCUGGAGAACGAGUUUUUCCAAGUUUUAGAUGAUCUGGAUAGCAAACUGGCUCAGGAACAAGCUUCAAGCACAGUGAAUACCAGAACACCCCUCAACUGUGGAUCAAGAACACAGUUCAGUGAUUUUUAUUCCACUGGGAAUAGACAUGGUAAUAUCACAGGAAGGCAUAAAAAUCACUACAGUGAAACUUCCAAUAUGUCUAUCUAUGACAUCCUAAGACCAAGAACUCCUAGGGAAGGUUUUAAAACCUUUUCUUCUAGGACGAGGACAAUUUAUGACAUGUACAGGACAAGAGAGCCCAGAAUCUUAAAAGAAGAUUACGUGCAAAAGAAUACUUUUGGUAGUACGUCUCUGUGUUUUGACAGCAGACAGCGAUCAGCCUUCCCAGCCACAGGCCGUUUCACAACAAAAAGCUUACAUUUUCCAUCCACAACUCAGAACAAGAGUGGAUUUGUACCACCAAGGCACCAACAGAGCCCAAAGAGAACUCCCUUAUCAUCCAUCAUAUGGAAUAGAGUAGAUUCUUCUGGAGACAGACAGACCCAGGAGGAGUGCAGGGCAGCACCAUCACCCAUGGAAAUUGACCCUGCUGACCAGUAUAGGUACCCUAGGUGUCUCCAGGAGAAUAGGAGAUAUGGAUUGUACCAUUCACAGGAUGUUUACCAAGGUGUUAGUUUAAAUGCCCGCACGGACAAUGCAAUGAUUGCUGACACAUUUGAGAACUCAGAGAAUGUGCCAUUCUACCAUCAAAACAACCCAUUUGCCAGGUCUUUCUUUAGGAAUACCUUUGGACGAAGCAGAGAACAGAGAUUUGGACAAAGUCCUUUUGGGGGCCAUCAGGAAGAACACUCUUCCUGGUCUGACAUUCGUCAAAGAAGGAAAUCCUUCACUUCUGAUGGAGAUUUUGAAAUGAUUUCCACUGAAGCAAAUAGUACAUCAGCCUGUCAUGGCCAUAGUGUUUCUUCUGAACACUGGGAAUCAUUUUCUUCUGGUUAUGGAACAAAUGUUUCUAGAGGCCAAGAAAAGCCACAUCCCUGGCAGUUUGAUUUUCAGGCAUCCAGCUUGGAGAGCAUGGAGCUAUCACAAGAUAAUCGGAGCCAGGUGACUCCUCAUUUCAGCAAACCAAACGUUUGCUCCAUGACUGGUUCCAGCUAUCACAUCAGAUCUGGUGGGUUGGAAUAUCAACAGGGCAGUUCUCCUGUGGAAGUACAUAUAAAUAAAGAAACUGACUCAUUUGGAAUUGCUCAGACUGUGGCAUCCUCAUUCAAAUCUUCCUUUCCCCAGAUUCCUGAUGGCAAAGGGAAUCCUCAGAGUCCCAAUUUUCAGAAUCCCACGGUCACUUUGCAAAAAAUUAUCUCUGAUAAGCCCGCCACUUACCAAAUAAGAAGCCCUACAGAAGUCACCGUCACCAACAGGCAUUCUGUUGAUUCUUCAUCAUUUGCUGAAAGUCAGCCUGAUAUCUUGGUCACAGAAGUGAAUAAUGAGAAAGAAGUAAAUGAAUCUUUUUCGGAGGAUGACAGACAGCUAAGCACGGUGGACCAGACAAACAUGACAGGUGAAAUACCUCAACCUGUUUCACAGACAGUAACCUCUAACCCUUUGCCUGAUUCUCAAAAUCCCCUCUCCCAGGACUCAGCCAAGAGCAGCAGGUUUAAUUUUAAUGUAUCUGACACAAUGAGUUCAAAAAGGUCACCCCGAGUCUUUUCCAGAAAAGAUAGCCCCAAAAUGUACACAUCACACAAAAAUAAAUCCAAUGAACAUAAAGAAGAUAAGAGGUUUACUGGAGACAGAAAAUUUGGCCUGGCAGCUCCCUUUCCUUUCAUUCAGGAAAGUGGAACUGCAUCUUUUUCCAGGCCAAAUCAAGAUUGUCACCAGACAUUAACGGUAGGAAAUGAAGGUAUUUCACGCAUUAUUGCAAAUAACCACUGGUGCUCUGAACCUACUGCUAAUCAAAAGGCACAAUCUCCAGAAAAGCCAAUUAUUUUAGAGGCUGAGGGAGAACAAUGUGCCACAACUCAUUCUACCAAUGGUGGCAGGUCAGCUGCUGGCCACAAGAUCUCAUGUGAUUCGUUAGUGGGACUAACACAUUCCUCACCAUCAAAUAAUUCUUUCUUUGAUGCUCUUGUGGUUCCAUCUACUACAGGGUUCUCCAGAAGUCCUUUAGACAAAGAUCCAUCUCUGGGAGAAAAAGAAGAAAGAGAGAAUUCAAGGAAGAACCAAAAUAAUCAUUUAGCUGUCAGCCCCUCAGAAAGCCAGCAGAGUCAUGAUAGUCACGUGGCCACAUGUGAUGAAGAGGUCGACGGCAAGUGCCUUUCCCACUCUCCUUUCAGGAAUGGAAAGGGAAAAGGAAAAGUAAGACGACGCAUAUCCUGCAUUGAAAAGUCAAACAAAACAGAAAGUCCAUCAAUACCUGCGAGUGAUAGCAGCAGCCUCACUGAGGUGAAUCAGAGCAACUCCAAAGCUUCUAAGCUGGACACAAUUUAUUGUACUUUGCCAAGAAAAUCAACCAGUUUUCUCAUAAACAGCGGGCAGUCAGGAAGUAAGAUACAGGGUGCUUCAUUUAGGAAUGGGCCACCCCCAUUCCAAGUCAAAAAUAAUGUGGAAGAUCCAAUAGUGAAGGGCACAUCAAACAAAUUUUGUCCCAGUUCUCCAGAGUCAGUGAGUGGUUGUUCUAAAGUGACUUCAGACUCAGUCCCAGUAGUAUCCGAAGUCACAGCAAGAAUGAAACGUAUGAAAAUCACUGGAUCUGCUUCUGUUAGAAAAGGACCUCUUCCUUUCCUCAUCAACAGGGCUACGUCACUUCCUUCACAGAAGCCAUCUGCCGCAACUGGGAGAGAUGAAGGGGAAAAGUCCCUGGUGUCAGACACAGAUGCUCCCACUGUAACACCCAGGCCUUGGGAGAGAAUCGUUAAACCUGUGCAGAGUGACUUAUCUGUUAGAGACUGUUCUUUAACCCAAAGACACCACCAAACAGAACACUCUCAAGAAUGCACUGAAGAGAAUGGUAAAAUUGCUGCCUCCAAGACAAGUGCAUUUUCCCUUUCAAAUGAAGACCCUUCACCUGUUUGUUCAGAAUUGUCAGGAAAAGAAAGUGGGAAAACACUGCAUAAAUUUAAGACUACUAGUAUGUUUUCUGUUUCUGGUGAUGAAGAUAAUGUGAAAUGUCUUGAGGUAGUUUCAAUAUAUUACACUUUACCAAGGAAACCCAGCAAAAAAUUCUGUGACCUCCUUCAACGGUAUGCCCAAAAUGCCAAUUCACACAUAGAAUCACCUCAGGUGGAGACUGAAACACUUCCUAAUGCUUUAGAAGAAGACAACCCAAAUUAUUCUACACAAGAGCGGUCAGGAACACCUCCACCUGAGAAUCUCCUGACGCUGGUCACAUCUGCUCAGAAGAACAGUCAUUGUCUUUCUUUCACCACUGAAAAUAGGACCAUCUUACAGUCACCAAUUAGGGGGCCCUCAGAGCCUACAUUGCAGGAAAUGGUUCCUGCUGAGGAAGAUAUUUCUCUUUAUAAAAAUGAAUCUAAGACUAGAGAGAUUUUCCCAGAUAAUUUAGCUAAAACACCUCUAGGUGUUUCACCAAGUGGGAGAGAAAGAGGGGAAAAGUUGCGAAGUGAAACCCUGCAUACUUUAUUGAUGCUUCAGGGAAAAAAUAUUAAAGAAGAAAAAUCUGAAAAUUGUCAACCAUCCAGUAAUUCAGGUAACAGUGGUCCCUCUAGUCUCCCGGCCCAUUCAGAAGAUAAUAUUGAAAAUUCCCACACCAGAAGUUCUGGGAAACAAGCAGGUUGUGGCAUAGCCAUUAUAUCUUCAAGAAAUGGGAGGUCUCCUCAGAAGGACCACACGGCCAGAGCUAUAGCUGAUAGCUCUAAUACAGCGCAGCCUAGGGAAGGUAGAGAGGAAAUUGGAACCAACUGCCAAAAAACGAGUAAUGAAACACUUUCUGACUCAGAGAGCCAAGUCUUUGCUCUUAUGCCAGCAUUGCAAAACCUACAGCUUGUUGAGGAGGCUCCGUCAGGUGAGCCAGACCCAGAGAGUUCACAGUCUGAAGCCAGAGAAUUACCUCAGAGAAGUCAGGAAGUAAAGACGACAGACAGCAGGGAGGCUACAGAUGAAAUGCAAAAGUUUUUCUCAGAUGAUCUAGAAAAAGAGGAAAACAGAUCUUUGUUUAAUCACAGAUUCACAGCCAUAUCUAAAGCAGGCAGAAAAUUCUCUGCUAAAGAUUUAAGCCCCAGAAGACAUGUAGCUACUAUCUUCCCCCAAACUGGGAACACGUCUGGCUUUGGCCAUUUAUCUCUUGGAACACCAGAGUGCAGCGCACCGUCCCCUGAGCCUACUCCAAAGUCUGCAGAGGCCAUAGGGCAAAGCAGGUUGAGUGAUGAUGGAAUGAACGUCAGGAGUUCUGAGAACCCUCUCCAGGUCACAGUAAUGUCCAACAGAGAACCUUCUGCACUUUUUAGCAGUCAGAAACCUAGUAGCGUUUCACAAGUAUGUCAGAAUGAGUUUAGAAAUACCUCAGAAUCACCACCAAAGCAUGAGAAUUCUAAAGCUGUAACAGUAGCCCAGAGUUUGGAGAAAGAAUUGGGAGCACCAGCCCAGCUCACAUUCACCAACCUCAGGGAAGCAGAUUUCUCUGACCACCAGAGGAGGCUAAGCUCUCCUUGUCCAUUGGAGCCUAAACAGAAACCCAGAAUAAGCAUCCUAGGGGCCAGUUCACAGCAUCAACACAGGAGUGCUUCAACUCUGGAGUGGGAAUCUGAGCCGCACCUCUAUCGGUCCAAGAGCUUAAAAAGCAUUAAUGUGCAUGGGGAUCUGCUAAGAAAGAGUCUUCCUCUGAAAGGCAGGGAGCGCCAUUUUUCUGAAAGCACUUCUAUUGACAGUGCCCUGACAGGACUGACCCUUAGGAAUGAAUUCUCUGUCAACAAUGGGUAUAGUAGAAGAUUCAAAUCUUUUUCUGAGCUUUCUACCUGUGAUGAAAAUGAAAGUUGGGCUUUGUAUAGCAGUAAGGCCAAAGCAGCUCCCAAGUCUGCCACGUCUAUAUCCAGACCUAUUGACUACGGGAUUUUUGGGAAAGAACAGCAGUUAGCUUUCUUGGAAAAUGUAAAGAGGUCACUCACGCAAGGAAGAUUAUGGAAACCAAGUUUUCUUAAGAACCCUGGCUUCCUAAAAGAUGAUAUGAUUAGCCCUUCCAACCCAUCUGAGUCAUUAAGCUCAAAUUCUACUAGUGGACCAAUGCCAGAGGGUGGCUUAUCCCCAAGUGAACCACUUAAUAUCUAUGAGGACGACCCAGUGGACUCAGAUUGUGACACAGACACAACCACAGAUGAUGAAUACUAUCUGGAUGAAAAGGAUAAAGAGUCAGAACUGUGAGGCUUUUAAAAUAAAAUUCAUUACCUUUUCACAAAAAGCUUGUCAUAGAAAUAAAGAGUAAAUGGGAAUGUGUCCAUGGGAAGGACAGAUUUAAAAGAUCAAAUCUUAGCAGUACCUGCUCUGAAAUAACCCAAAUUCUCCUUUUUUCCUCCACAUUCCAUAUACCCACUUCCUGAAUUCUAGACUACUUAAUACUUACUUGGAGGGAUUCUCUGCUGUUUCUUCUCUCUGUAGGUUCUGGGCCUGCCUUUCCACCUCCCUGCAACUCAGUCUCUAAUUCACUGUCCAUCUGGCUUUCUGCUUUACUUACCCCUUUUCCAUUUUUACAUCUCUUAUUGUGAUUUAUUGACCUAACAUCCCAGGCCCAUGCAAACUUAUUAAUCACCAAACAUAACUGCAAAACUCUAGUUUGUCUCUUUCUGUGCACACCUAUAUUCUUGACAUUAAACAAAAGAUAGGGCAAUAACAAUGGAGUAAAUAUUAUCAGCCUGUUGACUCAUCAACAUUCCGAAGUUUUAAGGUGUUUUUUUUUUCUUUCAAACAAAGAUAAAGGAAUUUUUUCUUUUUUUUUUUUUUUGUAGAGACAGAGUCUCACCUUACCGCCCUCAGGUAGAGUGCCGUGGCGUCACACGGCUCACAGCAGCCUCUAACUCUUGGGCUUACGCGACUCUCUUGCCUCAGCCUCCCGAGCAGCUGGGACUACAGACGCCGGCCACAACGCCCAGCUAUUUUUUGGUUGCAGUUUGGCCGGGGCUGAGUUUGAACCUGCCACCCUAAGCAUAUGGGGCCAGCGCCCUACUCACUGAGCCACAGGUGCCACCAAGAUAAAGGAAUUUUCAUAAGAACAUCCUGUUACAUCCUUUGUGGAGCCCAAAGGCACAUGUUUAAAGCACAUGUUAAGGUUAUAGAUGAGAGGCUGAAUCCCUAGUAAGCCAAUGGAAGAUUAGUGCUUUUAGGAAUUCCUCUGAAACAGUUUGUGGGGACUGGCUGAAUUAUUAAGGGAUGAAUUUUAAUUGAGGCAGAGACUUGGGGCAGGCAACCUGACCAUACAUGGUUGCAUGGCCACAAAAUUUCUGCUUAAGAAGGGAACAAAUGAGGGUGAAGCUAAGUAGUUAUCUCUUCACGGGACAAACUUAUCUUUACUCUCAGCAAUUGGUUUUUCGUAUUUCCCCAGAGCUAUCUGUUUUCCCACACUCUUUAUUUGCAGGAUAGAACACUUUUUUUCAAGUGGGACAUUUUAGUCCUAAGUAUCAAGGGGGAACCUUAACCAGUCCCUAAAAUGCAGUCAAGUCAGAUCUGAUACCCCGGGAUGCACAAGCUUCUCUGCAGGAUCACUUACCAAACCCUUGAGAAAUUCUAAGGCAGAGCUCCUAAAGGCAUGUUCUCAUAAAAUUUUCAAUACAUUAUCUAGAGUAAAUUACUUCUGAUAACCACCGAUAAUUUGGCUUUCCCAGCUCUUAAGUUGUUGUGCAAAACAUCAGGGGAUUUCUCUCCUAAUUCAGGAUAAAGACCAAUAGAUGGCCGUGAAGAUAAUUUGCUAGCACUACAGGAAGCACUGUCCUAUAUCUCAGUGUUAGGAUCCUCAGCAUUAGUGGAUUUUACCUUGUUUGGUUUAUAUUUGCUGCCUGACCUAAUUUUAUUUUCCAUUGUUUUCUCCAUAUCAAUUAAAAUUAACAGUGGGUGUAUAGAGAUCUGAAACUGAUAGAAAUGAAAGGUUCUCCUCCAAAUCUUGCCUUGCUGAGGCAAAGCAAGGGUUAAGUUUCUCUUGCCUUGCUGAGAAACAAAACAUCAGGGCUAGUUCACGUUCUUCCCCUGCAACUCAAAACUAAGGAUGAGGGUGGCACCUGUGGCUCAAGGAGUAGGGCGCCAGCCCCAUAUACCGGAGGUGGUAAAUGGCCAGAAAGAGAAAAAAAAAAACUAAUGAUGAAGUAACUAAAAUGAAAGCUAUUCCUUAAAUUUCAAGCUAUGACCAAUCUCAAGCUCAAAGACUGGUAAUAAGAUUUUAAAUCAACUGUUGUAAACUUUUGAACUCAGAUUCACAUGAUAAAGAAUAACAUUUUAUUCUGUUUAAUGUAUGUUUUUAAAUUCUACCCCUUUUCUAUUUAUCUGAUUAUUUAAGUAAUUUUUUUACAAACUAUAACCUGUUUCUAUGUGACUUUAAGAUACUCGAGUUAAUAUUUUAAUAUUAAGAUUAAUUUUUCUAAUGAUCAGCAUGUAAGGUCUGUUUCAAUAUGUACUCUGAAGCUACAUGGAGGCUACAAAAGAUAAAAUGAAGUUAGCUUAUUUUCAGUGAGUUUAGGCUGUGGCAGUAGGUAAGGUAAGGAUGAAAAAUCGCUUUGGGGCCUGGACUCUCUGCCUUGGAAUCUACUGUCUGAAUCCAAAAGUAAUUGAUGGUCAAUGCUCAGUUGCACUAUUUAUAAUCUUUGCUUGCUGUCCUGGCUUAAGAACCAGGAAAACAGAAAAUUCAUGAAAAUAGCACGUUUUGUAGUUUUAUACUUUCAUAAAGCACUUUGUUAAAGAAGUCUAGCAAGUUUCUAUGUAUUUUAACAUACAAACUGCUACAUUUUAGUGUUCAUUUUUGGUAUAACAACAGUAAUUUACAGUAGCCAUUUUUAUAUUCAUAACUUGUUUUCUAAAAGAUAUAAUCAUUAUUAAUAUAAAUAUUCAUGUAAAUGGAGUAAAUCAUGGGGGAAUCGAUACCUAUAAGUACCUUGUAAAUUAUUAACUUGUUUAAAUACUAGACUUCUUAAAAUACAUUUUGUACUGUAAAGUCCAUUUAGAAUAUGUUUUAAUGAGAUUGUGUGAAUUUUUGGAGACUUCCCUCUAAAUAAUUUACCUUUACAUUGUAAAUACAUUGAUGUUAAUAAAAUUCAAACUGCUACUAACAAGGGCCUGGUUGCUGAUAAGCUAAUAAAAGCUACUUUGUGUAGGAUGUAAAUAUCUAUACUGAAGGUGGUGAAAGAAAGUCUGCUUAGCUUAUAGAGAAGAUAAGAAUCAAGCUGGCAGGGGCGGCACCUGUGGCUCAAGGAGUAGGGCAUUGGCCCCAUAUGCCAGAGGUGGCGGUUUCAAACCCAGCCCCAGCAAAAAAAAACUGCAAAAAAAAAAAAAGAAAAAAGAAUCAAACUGUCAAACUAUAAAAUCAAUAUCCUCCUCUAAAUGCCAGAGGGUUAAAGAGGCCCUCUUGCUAAGAGUUCAUCGUUAAGGCUCGGCGCCCACCACAUACACCAAGGCUGAUGGGUUCAAACCCAGCCCAGGUCAGCUGAACAACAAUGACAGUUGCAACAAAAAAAACCCCAGCAUUUUGUCAGGUGUCUGAGGCAAGAGAAUCGCUUACGCCCAAGAGUUUGAGGUUGCUGUGAGCUAUGAUGCCACAGCACUGUACUGAAGGUUACAAAAAAAAAGAAAAGAGUUCAUUGUUAAUAAUAGUGCUUCAGAAUAUCUCAUUUAAACAUAGAAUGUAAAUAUGUAAAAUAUUUUACUUUUCAAGUGAAUUUAUGAAUGUAUUGCCACUUACUGGCUCUUUGUGAUUGGCCAUUCUGUGUUUCUGUAACAAACAAGCUGUAAGCACUUGGUUAAAACUUUCUCAAAUGUUCCUUUUAUGUCAUUAUUCUCAGGCCUGUUCUGUGGGUGUGAAAUGUAUUACGAGGUGCAAAUUUAAAACAAUACCUGUGUCGAAAUAAAUUAUUUA